UCGAAUAAUCGUCUGUUUGAGUCAAUCGGAGUUUGACCUGAAAGCAGACAACACGAUGUCCUCGUUUUUAUGUGUUUUGUUGCUGGGCGUUAUUCUUGUGGCCUGUGUCCAGGGAUUGACCGAGGACCAGCUUCUGCAGAAUUUGAAGAAUGGCAAAGCUGACCAGAUUGAUUUUGGUGGUAUAGUUGAUGGCCUAGGAAGUAAAACAGAAGACCACGUUGAUGUAGAAGACAUUUUGGAACAGCUUGGAUUCCAGGAGAAGAUAGAUGCCGUCAAUGAUGAUGAUGAAGACAUGAAACGUGUUGGAUGGAAUUGGGCCACUAGGCGUCUGAAGUCCCAAAAAGACAAUGGAUUGGGAUGGUGGUACAUCCCAAAACAAAAAGCGAACAGUGUGAAGGAUCCUGCCCCUUGGUGUCAGUCACAUAGUUCCGGAGGUGGAUGCUGUGUACAGAGGACGAUGAACGUACACGGGAAGACAUAUCACUUGAACGCGUGUGUAAACGUGGACUUCCACCCUCAUGCAAAUGAGUACUCGAUCUACUUCAGUGUAAAUGGGUACUCUCUCUUCCACAAGGACACAGACCUGAACAUGAAUGAAAUGGAGGAAUGUUUCUCGGCGUCCUCGCUGGUUCCUGGUAGCAAGAUUUGCAUUAAACUGUACAAAAUCUGCACGAAACACAAGCAUAUGUGCGCCGCCCUGGAGGGCAAGGCCGUCAUCAAGGGCGUAAAGAAAAACGUUCAGCUGGACUACGGAUGUUUCCAAAUCGGUUCCGUAGACGAGAACGAGGAUGAGCAGGUGCCCGAUGACAUGGAAACAGAGGAGCAGGCAACAAAAGCUGAGAUGUUCCGAGCUCUCUCUGAUCAGCUAGAUCUGAGUAAUGGGGUUGAUGAAACGAGCUCUACCGAAGAUGACACACUGCUUUUUGAAAAUUGAUUCCGCAGUGUUAAACAUAAAGAUAAAGUCAUACUAUGGAAAGCCAAUCGGGACAUUCCAAUUUCUUAUUGCUACUUGCCAAUUGUUUAUUACGUAUUGUCAGCUCUAUUUGCCUAUUAAUAAAAACGUCUGCCUUUGGUAUUAAAAUACGUGCUUAUGAAAUGUUUAACGAAAUUUAACAGUCAUGUGGACCCCUUUUGUAAACAUUAUGCGCUAAUAUAAAGCAUGUAUGUGAGAACAGCUGGAAAAUGUCACCUGCCGUUUGCUCAUUGCAAAAUGCUCGGUGCUCUCUGUCUAUGGCUUCUGCUAAUUGCUCAUUGCCAAUUGCUGUGCGCAAAUAGCAUUAAACCUGUAGUAGUCAAAAUGCCAUCUUUUGUUCUUUGAUACGAAAUAAGCAUUGUUGGAUGUUUCGACAACCUUGAAAAAUCCAUUUUUACCCUAGAUAUAGACAAAUACAUGCUACGAUAUAAGUUAAAUAUCAGUUUCAAGUAUGCUUUUUAAUGAACAAAGUAAAAAAUAGCAAUUGGCAAAUAGCAACAGAACACCACACCUUUGCGUAACAUCAGAUAGUGAAUACUUUAAUGUUGAAAUAACCUGUCUAAUAAUCAUUGUAAAAUGAAAAAGUUUAAACUUAACUAAAUAGAAACUAUCAAGAAUCAUCUUGCGAAUAUGCAAGAUGCAAAUAGCAAAGAUCAAUUGACAAAUGGCAAUCAGCAAUUGGCAUGUUCCAACCGGAUUUCCAUAUUUAUGGCAAUACAUGUUAUUAUUUAUGUAAAAAUGAUCAUAUAAAAACGAAAUUUUGGAGGCGGUGAUAUAUGCGAACAAUAUGAAAGUAUUAUUAUGCAAAACAUAUUUAAUUGAUUGGGCAUUGGACAUUCAGCAUCAUAACGACAAAAUUACAGGCAAUGCGAAAGUCCGUCGGACAGUCAGAUAUGUCCGGUAUAUUUCCAUUUUGACCGACGAAACUGUUUUGGUUUUCAGUUUCUAUUUGAUAGUAUUCAAUAAAUGUUCAGUGAUAUUUUUAACUAUUACAUUAUGAUUAUCACUAUUGUAUACCCCGUUUUGCACAUGUUAUCGUAAAAACCUAAAAAUACACGUCUCGUACCUUUAUACCCAAUGAUGGCGGAAUUUUACGGAAAUGUUCGGAAAUUACAAAAUGCACAUAAAGUAAACCGGACAAUUUAACCCAUUUUGUUUCAAAUCCAAAUAUGUAUGUUAAAUCGAUAAUAAAACAUAUGGUUUGUGUAUUUCCUACUAUUUUGCAACAGCAUUCUGGUCAAGUAAAGCAUCGUAUACCCUUCA